AGCUCGUCUCCGAGCACGGGCUUGCUGGGAGUGAGCCGAGUGGCAUCCGAUCGACGCUUCGGAGCAGCUUUUAACUAUCUCAUAGUCGCGCCUGAGCACGCGAAACGGCUAACGUAGCAAGAGCCGCAAGGUGCAAGCCCUUGAACCUCGAACCUCAUUGCAGCUCUCGAGACAGUGGCGACAAGAACCGUCGACGGGCUGCAAACUCGUAGCUCCAGGAGUACAACACUGCAACUAGACUGCGCAAACUCGCAGUUCCACGAGGACACUGCAACCAGCCUGCGAUGGCCCCGCCGCGGCGACCCACGGUGUUCGUCCUCAUAGCAGCCAUCGCACAUGCGCUGCAGCCGCCGCGACCGAAGCACUACGCCCGGACUACAUUAAGACGGCACGUGACCGUGCCCGUGCCGCUGGAAUACGCGGCCGAGCUCGCCGCCACCGCAUUGGCCCUCGUCGCGCCGGGCAAGGGCGUUUUAUCCAUCGACGAGUCGCCGCCGACGCUCAAGGAGCGGUUCGAACGCGCGGGCAUCGAGCUGGCGGACGACGGCGACGCGACGCAAUAUAGAGAACUCGUCGUGACCGCGCCGGAUUUGGGGACCUACGCGUCGGGCUGCGUGCUCACGGCGGACGCGCUCUUCGAGGAGACCGAAGGGGGCACGCCGUUCGUCGACCUGCUGGCGGCGCAGAACAUCGUCCCGGGCGUGCGCGUCGACUGCGGCGACGUGCCGCUGCCCGGCGCUGUGGAAGGAGAGACCUGCUCGCGCGGGUUGGACGGGCUCGAGGAGCGCGCGGCAUUGUAUAGGGAGCAGGGCGCGCGGUUCGCCAAGUGGCGCGGCAGAAUCAGAAUAGACGACAGUCGGGGGGCGCCGUCCUUUCUAGCAUUAAAGGAGACGUGCUGGACCAUGGCGCGCACGGCGCGCACGCUCCAGGAGAAGGGACUCGUGCCUUUAUUGGAGCCGGCCGUCCUCGCGGACGGCGACCACACCAUCGAGCGGGCGGCCGAGGUGCAGGAGCGCGUCUACGUCGACGUCUUCCGGGCCCUGGCGGAGAACGGCGUCUUCCUCGAGGGGUGUCUCCUGAAGCCGAUGAUGUCGACGCCCGGGACGUCGUGCCCCGAGGCCGCGACGCCCGAGCUCGUCGCCGCGUACUCCGUGCGGACGCUGGAACGGACCGUGCCGUCGGCCGUGCCGGGCGUCUGCUUCAACUCCGGCACGCUCGGCGAGGAGGAGGCGUCGCUGUGUCUGGACGCGAUGAAUCGCAUCGAGCGGAAGGGGCCCUGGAGCGUGACCUUCGGGUUCUCGUCGUCGCUGCAGACGUCGGCCGUGCGGACGUGGGCCGGCUCGAGCGACAACCUCGGCGCGGCCCAAGCGGCGCUCGUCGCGCGGUGCCGCGCGAACGGCGAGGCAAAUCUCGGCAAAUACGCGCCCGGGUCGCAGCCGUCGCUGGACACGUCGCGGAGUUUGGCGGGGGACGUUUAAUUGGGA